GACGCUCGCUGGGUCGUCGGCUUCGACGCUAUCUUCCCGGGUUACCACAAACUGAAGCCGUGCGGUGGGCGGCGCCAGCCUGGGCAGUGCCAUGAGCCCGCGGCUAACGGCCGAGCCCCGGCCGAGCACCGGACCGAAAGACAUGUAGCGGGGUUCAGCUUUCUUUAGCCGAAAAGGGGUCAGGGUGGGUUUCAACUGGUGGCCAGAAAAUGAUCGACUCAGUGAAGCUCCGGAGAGAGAGUGCUGCAGAUUUCUUUUCUCACUAUGAAUAUCUUUGUGCACUUCAAGAUUCUAUACCUCUGCCUGUUGUGAGAGCCAACCUGAGGCUGGGGGUGCUCGAUUUCAAUGCAGACCGCCUCAAGCUCCUGGACUGGGCACCUUUGCUAAGCGCUCUUAGGAUAAAUAAAAACUUGCCCUCUGUUGCCAUCAGGAGUUCAUAUCAACCAGGUUUUGGAGAUUCAGCUUUCGAUAGGUAUAAAGGCUAUUCUAAAAGGCGAAUUCCUACAAUUAGAUCCAAAGAAGUGACCAUCCAAAUAUGUAAAGCUGUUAAAGGCUGUUUAAGUGUGUCUACUACUCUGAAGAACCUAGAACUUCAGGGAUUAUAUUUAAGAGAACGAGAUUUAAUAUUGUUAACAAGGGGAUUGAAUAAAUCAGCAUCUUUGGUACAUCUAUCUCUAGCAAAUUGUCCAAUUGGAGAUGGAGGUUUAGAAACUAUCUGUCAAAGUGUUAAGACCUCAGUAACCCUCAAGACUGUAAACUUCUCAGGGUGUAAUCUAACUUGGCGUGGAGCAGAACAUCUGGCCAAUAUCUUAAAGUACCAGGCAAUAAAGAGGCACGAGGAUGUGUGGGCAGAAAGUCUUCGCUAUCGGAACCCUGAUCUGGAUGGCAUGGCAGGCUUGCAGCGUCUCUCACUCAACUGCAACAUCCUUAUUGGUGAUCAGGGUGCCAAGGCUUUUGCAGAAUGUCUUUGUGAAACUUUGUGGCUGAGAGCACUUGAUCUGCAGCAGUGUGGACUUAGCAAUGAGGGAGCUAAAACUCUUCUAAAAGCCCUGGAAGGAAAUACAACUAUGGUGAUUUUGGAUAUAAGAAAAAACCCACUAGUUGAUCAUUCUUUGAUGAAAUCAGUUAUUGAGAGAGCUGUACAGAAUGGAAAGAGUGCUAAAUCAGAGUACAAGUGGUUAAGUUCUCCAACUUUAAAGGACCUUUUCAAAACUAAACAGAAAAAAAGAACUAUAAUUCUGGGAAGUGGUCGAAAAGGAAAAGCUACUAUUCGUAUUGUAAUUUGGAGGCACAAAGGAGUAACAACAAUGAAACCUCUAAGUACAGGAAGAAAACAGUUAUGUAAUAAAGAUUCUUAUACUCCAGAGUCAUUGCCACCUGGUACAUAUGGCUUCUUGCCCUGGCGUACUGCAGAACGUGCCAAUAGGACCAGGGGAUUUCCACUGAUUAAAACCCGAGAUUUACCUUGGCCAGUUCAGGAAUUGGAUUUUCCUGUGAAAGUAACUGUGGAGACCCCAUCCUGCUCAGAAACAGAAGAGUCAGAAGGCACUAUUUUAGAACGUCUUCCUGAAAAAACUAGCCUAACACCAUACAGAGUAAAUGAAAUAGAGGAGAAGUUGGAAGAGUGCCUAGAGCAGUUAAAAACAGAAAGGAUGAUGAGAGUUAAGGCCGACAAACGAGUAACUGAGCUGGAACUUGAAAAUUCCCAGUUGCGAAAUAUAAAUUUCUCACUAUCUGAGGCUCUUCAUGCACAGUCCCUGGCAACCAUGAUUUUGGAAGAUGAUGGUGUUUUGGGCAGUAUUGAGACAUCUUUCCAAAAGUUCCAUGCAUUUUUGGAUCUCCUUAAAGAUGCUGGACUUGGGCAGCUAGCCACAGUAGCUGGUAUAAGUCAAUCGGAUUUUGAUUUCCUAGAUCAGUCCCAGAUGAACACUUCAAUUAAUGCUAUACUUACGGAAGAAAAGAAAGGAAUUGAAGAAAGACAAGAAUCUGGUCAGAAUACCCCAGGACAAAUGCAGAGCAUCCAAAAAGUUAGUGGCGAUGUUAGAACUUCUUUGCCUCUUGACACCUUCCAGAUUCCAGUUUCUACUCAGGAGGCCAAAGAAGUUCAGGUAAUCAAGGGCGUUGAUCAUCAACAGGUUCCUCCUAAAGAAUUUGUCCCUACACCAUCAUUAUCAUUUUUAGCAAAUAUGAUUGUUGAAACUCAAGAUCAAAGAAAAGAAGAAGAGUCUUCCAGAAGUAGUAGAAGUUCCUCAGAGAAAAGUGCCAGAAUGAGUGAAUAUACCUCAAAAUACUCUUCAAAGAAACAGUCCGAAAGCAAUUCUCAUUCCUUCUCUGAGAGCACAAUAAGUCAGAAAAGCAAAGGACAUAGGGAACAUAACCCUUUGGCUCAUGAAAAAUUAAAAUAUCCAACUUCGAAAAAAUACAGUCUAUCUAGGAAAGAAAUGGGAGAUGUGACAGUGAUUUCCAAGACAGAGAAAAGUAAACACAGAACAUCAGAACAUUCUAAGAGUGAAUCAAUAGCAUCUGAUCUUGAAAUUCCAGAAAGUAUCCAUUCUCUAUCAAGUUCAUGACUCAGAUCUAGAUGUUUGAAAUUAUGUCUUGCCUUAAAAAUUUCAAUAAACUUGGAAGCAUGGA